AUGUACUUCGAAAAGAUUGAGUCAGGGGCUCGAGCUGAAAGGGCACGAAUCAUUGCAGGCAUUCAGCUGGGCGGCUUGAAACAGCCCUGGCCAGAGUCCAAGGAACUGCGGGACUCGGAGGUCCCAGCGCACUUACGUCCAGGAGGCGUCUUGAACACCUUCACCUCACUGCAGGAGAUCCUCACCGAGCCGCCCGGGCCCAAAGGCGCAGCGCCUGCGGCCGCCGCUGCCGCCGCGGGCGAACUGCUUAAGUUUGGCGUGCAGGCGCUGCUGGCCGCAAGGCCCUUUCACAGCCACCUGGCGGUGUUGAAGGCUGAGCAGGCCGCAGUGUUCAAGUUCCCACUGGCACCGCUCGGCUGUUCUGGGCUGGGAUCGGCGUUGCUGGCCGCGGGGCCUGGGAUGCCCGGCACCGCAGGCGCUCGACUCCGCGGGAAGCUGGAAGCAGCGGGCUCUGGGGAACCUGGCACCAAAGCCAAAAAAGGACGCCGGAGUCGCACUGUGUUCACGGAGCUGCAGCUGAUGGGGCUGGAGAAACGCUUCGAGAAGCAGAAGUACCUCUCCACCCCUGACAGAAUAGAUCUAGCUGAGUCCCUGGGCCUGAGCCAAUUGCAGGUGAAGACGUGGUAUCAAAACCGGAGGAUGAAGUGGAAGAAAAUUGUUCUGCAGGGUGGAGGCCUGGAAUCCCCUACCAAGCCCAAGGGGCGGCCCAAGAAGAACUCCAUCCCCACGAGCGAGCAGCUCACAGAGCAGGAGCGUGCCAAGGAGGCAGAGAAGCCAGCAGAGAUGCCCGGCGAGCCCAGCGACCGGAACUGCGAGGACUAA